AUGACACGGCCUUCCGUUUCCGGCGCCCUCACCGCCUGCGCGCUUGCGCUGCUCGUCGGGCGCCUCCUGCAGUCCGCGUGCUUGCGCAGGCUGCUCCGCAACGGCGUGCUGCCCGGCAUCCCCGAAGCGCCGCCGCCUGCCUACGAGAAGUGUUCCGACGAGGAGCUCGUGGCUCAGGUGAGUUUGGUGGUCACGGUGAAGGACACCUGCGCACAGGCCGAGGAGCUGCUGACCCACCUCGCCCGACUCUUCCCGCCGGACACGCACGUGUUCUACGCCUACCCGAACAUCCGCGGGUGCCGGCACGUGCCCGCCGGCGAGGUGGGCCGCCGCCUCUUCGCGAACUUCACCGAGGUGGCCGUGGAGCGCGCCGACGCGCCCAUCCCGGGGGGACGCAAGGUACAGCCGCUGCUGAGGACGAAGUACGCGGUGCUCAUGCACAACGACGCGUAUCCCCUGGAGCGCGACUUCGCGUGCGAGAUGUACCGCGCCCUCGAGGCGAACCCGCACUACCCUAUAGCGGCCCCGCAGAUCUACGAGACCGCGGCCGAGGGUGUGAUCGUGCCCCACGGGCACCACCAGAACCUGCACGCCCGGCCGUCCGCGUCCGGGCAGGGCCUUCGCAUCGAUUACGACCUCAGUCUGCACCUCCUGACCCAGCGCAAGCCUGAGGACUUCCGCGAGGGGCCCCAGGUGGACUUCCUGGAGGACCACGCCUUCUUCGCAAGGGCUGACAGGUACCACGAGUUGCUGGACCCAGCUGGCUCCUUCACGCUCGAGUACAUGGACAUGAUCCUCAACAUGCGGGCCCGCAACACGUCGGCGUGGUACGUCCCCACGGCGCGCUGCGUCUUCGAGGUGGAUACGGGGAAGAUCACGUGGGAGGACCUGCCCUACCUCGUCUACAAGCGCAGCGAGCAGAUCGGCCACCAGGUCCGCACCUACCUGACGAAGAAGUGGGGCCUGGAGUUCGUGAACACGGGCAUCUGGAACUACGUCCGCUACGUGAUGCUCGCCGAGGUCGUGCUGGAGGGCGACGCGCUGCCCGUGGACUGGAAGGACCAGGCCGCCAUCUUCUACAGCUGGUUCGAGAGCGUGGGCUUCAACCGCUACGACGGGCAGUACCUGCCGGACUUCAUCGACGAGCCGCCGACCGGGCCCGUCACCGUGUCCCGCACGCAGCGGCAGCAGCUCCCCACCGACGUGCCCGAGCACCGGGUGCCUCCCCGGGCGGGCGCGGACAUCCUGCCGAGGCAGAGCAGGAAGAAGGCCGGCGCCAUCGACCUCUCCUUCCGGGACCCGCACCUGCCCAUCGCCCUGCGCACGUCGGAGUGCAACGCCUCGGAGCCCUCCUCGUACGCGCUGUGCGGUCUGGCCGUGCAAGACGGCGACAGGUGCACGUGCUGGAACUACGUGGUGCCCUUCAAUCUUAAGACGACGCUCUACCUGGACAAGCUCAUGGCGUGGAUGAAACUUCCGUCCCGUGCCUUCAUGUACGGGCAGAUGAAGUAUUGGACCGUGCACAUCGACCCCAGCAGCGUGGACCUGAAGUGCGAGGGCACCCAGGAGAACUGCACUUACCAGGUGCAGUUCGGCCCGGACGCAAAGGUGCUUCAGUGGUCUUGGUUCGGCAAGGAGGCCAAGACCAUCUUCACCAAGGAAGGAAUGGUGAUCUUCUUCCUUAUCGCGUCCAUCCUGUCCAUGCCGAUAAUCCUCCCGCGCUUGGCCAAGGCGGACUGGGCUGGCUCGAAGAAGUGGGAGGUGCGCUCCUUCGUGGCCCUCAACUGCGCAGUCUGCGCCGUGGCUGGCCGGUCGUGA